GGGUUGAAAACUUAAGGACGGACCAGUCUCGGUUAGCUUGCUAAGUCCAGAAGUUACUUUUUCAGGACAGGACAAGCGAAAGUGUGAGGGACCUGCCUUUCCCACACCCUUGGGAUCUGUGGAGGGGAUAGAGGGAGGGGGCACGACACUUCUCCCCUUCCAGGGCCCCUCGCUCUCCCACCUCUAGUGGCCCCAGCCCUCCCCUACCAGAUGGUCUGGGCUCCCUGUUCCACCAGGGAGGUCCUCCGAGUCGGAGGCAGAAUUUCGUCUCCCACUAAGCUAGCCAUACCCCGAAAGGCCAUUUGUGUGAGCGAGUCCCUUUUAAAUGUCUCCCGGUAGAAAAACUGAAAGUAGAAAGAAAGGAAGCAAUUUCCGAGCAGAUGUCUGACCACCCCUACUCGCAGACUCCCAGCAUCGGGUUACAGGGUCCUCGGAGCCCCAACCCCGUCCCGCAGCCCCAUACGGGUGAACCCCCGGUGCCUUCACGCCAGCUUCCGAACUCCCCCAGGUCGCCGCGUACCCCGCACGUCCAGGCCCCCGGAGUCCGGGAGGACAGCCGGGAACAACGUUAUAGGUGCAGAGAUUGUGGUCGGACUAUGUAAUCGCUGCGGAGGGGGAAGAGGAGGGAUCGGCGCUCUCCCGCGGCGGCGGCGCGGCGACUCGGCUAGGCGGAGUUUCGCGGCGGCUGCGCCCGGCUUGCGCCCGCGGGCGAGGAGGUCUGUCCGUCUAGCCCGGCGGCCGCGAGUCCGACUCCCGGCGUCCCCGAGGCUUGUAAGGCAACGAGUGCCCACCCCGGUUCCACUGUGCCGCGCCGGCAGCCUCCAGCCAGCAUGGAGAAGGACAGCCUGAGCCGCGCCGACCAGCAGUAUGAGUGCGUGGCGGAGAUCGGCGAAGGCGCCUACGGGAAGGUGUUCAAGGCCCGCGACCUCAAGAACGGCGGCCGCUUCGUGGCUCUGAAGCGCGUGCGAGUGCAGACUAGCGAGGAGGGCAUGCCGCUCUCCACCAUCCGCGAGGUGGCGGUGCUGAGGCACCUGGAGACCUUCGAGCACCCCAACGUGGUCAGGUUGUUUGAUGUGUGCACAGUGUCACGGACAGACAGAGAAACCAAGCUUACACUAGUGUUUGAGCAUGUUGAUCAAGACUUGACCACUUAUUUGGAUAAAGUUCCAGAGCCCGGCGUACCCACAGAAACCAUAAAGGAUAUGAUGUUUCAGCUUCUCCGAGGUCUGGACUUUCUUCAUUCUCACAGAGUAGUGCAUCGCGAUCUGAAACCACAGAACAUUCUGGUGACCAGCAGUGGACAAAUAAAGCUGGCUGACUUUGGCCUUGCCCGCAUCUAUAGUUUUCAGAUGGCUCUUACCUCGGUGGUCGUCACGCUGUGGUACCGAGCUCCAGAAGUCCUGCUGCAGUCCAGCUAUGCCACCCCCGUGGACCUCUGGAGUGUCGGCUGCAUCUUUGCAGAGAUGUUUCGCAGAAAGCCUCUUUUUCGUGGAAGUUCGGACGUGGAUCAACUAGGGAAAAUCUUGGACGUCAUUGGACUCCCAGGAGAGGAAGACUGGCCUAGAGACGUUGCCCUUCCCAGGCAGGCUUUCCAUUCCAAGUCUGCCCAGCCCAUCGAGAAGUUUGUGACAGAUAUUGAUGAACUAGGCAAAGACCUACUUCUGAAAUGCCUGACAUUUAAUCCAGCUAAGAGGAUAUCCGCCUAUGGCGCCCUGAAUCACCCAUACUUCCAAGAUCUGGAGAGAUACAAGGACAGCCUGCACUCUCACCUGCCAUCCAACCAGAGCACCCCGGAGCUGAACACAGCCUGAGGUUCCCCGGGGAUGCCGUGAGCUCGUCAUCUGAACCUAUUGGCGGCUGCGAGUCGAGUCCCCUAAGCAAGCCUCGCAGAACAGUUGAAGAUUGCUGGCUGCAGGCCUUCUAGCUGCCAGCUUCUGGGUGGGCUCUGCCUCACCAAGGAAACCACCUAGUUUACUGUUCAGAGAUCAAUGCAAGAGCGAUUGCAGCUUUAUGUUCGUCUGUACACUUGUUUGUUUUGUCUGUUUGUUUCAAGAACCUGGAAAACUUCCAGAAGAAGAGAAGCUGCUGACCAAUUGUGCUGCCAUUUCGUUUUCUAACCUUGAAUGCUGCCAGUGUAGGGUGAGAAUCCAGGCCCAGCUGAGUUCUGAUGUAAUCUGCCUGCAGCUGCUGGGCCUGCCUUGGUACUUGUGAAUGUGUGUGUACGCGUAUGUGUGUGGAAGAGAGACGGGGUGGGAGGAGAAAGAUCCCUGAUCUCGUCAAGUGUUCAUGUUUUGUUUGUUUGUUUUGUAGACAACAAGAAUAAUUGAAUUUUAAAGAGUAGAGGUGACUGAUAGUAAUGAGGGCUUUGUUCAGUGAAAGGUGAUUCACAAUGGAGUCUUGUCCAGUUAGGAAGGUGAGCCUAAGUCCUCAGUGUUGCCUUCCUGUCCAAAAGCUUUUGCUAGCAGUAAACAAUAAAGGUUUAGAUGCCACAAAAAUUGGGGGGGAUCCCCAAUAUCUUUUAAGAGACUUUUUAUGGCAUACAUCCUUCUAUUUACUCUUUGGAAAACUGAACUUAAUGUGUCCUGAGUCCUCUGUAUAGUACAGUAAGUACUUGAUUGUUUCUUUGGGAAAAUACGCUCUAAGUAUCUUCUUACUUGCAAUAGAUUUAAGGAGUGAGUGUACCUCAGAUAGGUUUUAAAGAUAGAGAGCACCUAUAUUUUCUGGUUUGAAACAUUAUCAUUUCCUUUGUGUCUCUUGUUACUUUGUUCUUCGUUUUAGGGAAUGGCUUCCAGCUCUGACUAGAGACAGGGAAUACUGUUCAGCUCUCUCCACCUCCUACCAUAAUGCAUCUGCCACGUGCUGCCUUGUGUAGUGCCAACCUCCCAUCUCCGGCACUUCUAAUUCAUAUUCCUGCCAUUGCCUGGCUAAUGACAGACUGCGCAGCUGCCCCCAUCCCACACCCGCUUGCCCUCUCACUGUCUUUCACCAAAUGCUUUGCAGAUGGCCUGGCUUUGGACAUACAACUCCAAUUCUGCAACUCUAACAGGAUCCCCUGUGUCUUCUGAGUACAGUCUUCCCCCACUGCCAUCACUGAGGUCACCUAGGCAGUGUAGCAUGCCUGUUCUGCAUGUGACCGGCAUAUAGAUUGCUACUGACUGUCACUUGGUUGUUCCUGUUUUCAUAGUGUAUGUUGUCAGUGUAAUGUCUGAUGGACUGUCUUUUCCUCUCUUGCAGAGAUAACUAUUUACUCUCUAAAGUGAUCUCUCUGUCUGUUCCCCAGGAUGCGUUUUGUUUGUUUUCUGGUGCCUGGUGCUCAGCCCUGCUUUCUGCAGAGCCAGCCUACCCUGGGCAUUCUCAACAACUAAACCUUACUGUUCUCUCUCAGUCUUUUAUAUUCUGUGCCACCUUUGCCUUAUUAUCCACGGCUUAGUGCUAAGCUGGCACUACUCCAUAGAAGGUGUAGAAAGCAGCCUUUGGGAAGUUUAACUGAGUUCUGAAUCGCGUUUGAGCGCAUAUAAGUAAAAGCUAGAUCAUGUUUCACUAUAGUGUAGGCUCCAGAGAGUGUUUAUAUAUUAUAGAGCCUCGCUGUGCUCUUUGUAGCUGAAUAAUGCAUGUGAUUAUUUUGUAUGAGAAGAAUUACAUGUCUUUCCUGAGAUCUUUGGAGGUUGGGAAUCAUUUUUUUUUUAACAUUACAUUACAUUCUUCGGAUUCAAUAUCUCAAGAAAGGAUAUUUUUUUUCAAAAGCAAAAUUUAAGAGGCAGAAGCUAGGCUGUGAGAAUGUUCUGCCCCUCAUCAUUACAGCUGUGCUGUCAACACAGUCAAUGCUUGAGACAGAAUCAGCCCGGAGCCUCUGGGACAAGGUCUACUGUAGGUCUCACUUGGACAGUACGUUCUGCCUUGUCAUUGAACAAGGUCCAAAAUACAGACAUUUUUGCUAGGGCCUAGAAAUC